AUGAUUAAAAAUCUAGCGAGAGCGCUCUACGAUUAUAAAGCGAGCGCAGAGGAUGAGCUCAAUCUGAGCGAAGACGACGUACUCUUUGUUCUAUCAGACGACGAUCCAGAGUGGUGGAACUGCAAAUCGAAAUCAAACUUAGAGGGUUUGGUUCCAAGCAAUUAUAUUGAGAUCAUACAGCCAACGCAUAAAGUAAAAGCGAGCUACGACUACCAAGCACAAUCUGACGAUGAAUUAACUAUAAGCGAGAAUGAUUUAUUGGAUAUCUACGAAUCAGACGCUGAUUGGUUUCUCGCAGCAUUACAACAUAACCGUAAUGCGGGGUUAGGAUAUAUACCAGCGAAUUAUACCGUCGAUCUUGACGGAGACGACCAAACUCAACCUACCGCAGAAGAACCUGUAGACCAACCUGCGUCUUUCGCUCCACCGCCAACACAUCCAUCGAAAGUACCACAACAGAAAGUACAACAGCCUUCUGUCCAACAAGACAUUAUACAAACCUGGCAGCUCAGCCUUAUCGAUUCAAAGAAGAAGAAGAAGAAGGGUACACUCGGUGUAGGAAAUGGCUCUCUUUUCUUCUCCUCAGAUAGUGACAAGAAUCCAGUCAGACAGUUCUCAAUGUCUGACCUCGUCACUUUCAAUGUUGAAAAGAGACACCUCUUCAUCUACUUUAAAAACGUAGAAGAGUUGGAAUUCCACGCUUCAAGUCGCAAGAUACUUCAAGAAGUAAACCAAAAGAUUAUCUACUCUUCUAACCUCGUCAACAACAAACUCGAUGUUCAAGAUGCUGUUAAAGAUCUCAGUAUUAAUGACAGCGAUAGUGAGAGUGACGAUGGCAAGACCUCACUAAAGAAGAAAGGUGUUCACUUUAAGGAGACACCUCCAUCACCAAUCGAAGCUCCUAAUUAUUCAUCUGAAGAGGGUGCAGAACAAGAUGGACCAACCACCAAACUCGCACUCGCUCUGGCCUCAUACGACUUCAAGGCAGAAAGUGACGAUGAGUUGACUGUCAAGGAAGGCGACCAACUAGUCGUAAUUGACAGAAUAUCCAGCAUUGACUGGUGGACUUGUAAACUCCCAGACACUGGUCUAGAAGGUGUUAUUCCAGCGUCCUAUUUGCGGGUCAUACAGGAAGAUAUCAAAGAUACACCAACUGCAGGAGUAGAAGAGACAACGCAAAAAACAGCGAUAGCUCAAGAACUUGAAAGUCGCACAGGUGUAGAUCAAAUGGCUCACCAGAAGAAACUUGAGGAGGAAGCAAAGGAUAGAGUUAUAGCAGAAACCCGCAAACGUAAUGAAACCAGCACACUCGCCAUCGAGACUGCUCCAACGAAAGAAGAACAACAGGAGAUGAAGCAACCACCUAGAUCGCAAUCUAGGCAAAAACCUAACCCUAAAAAUGUUCGUUUAUGGCAUGACAAAACGGGUCAAUUUAAAGUAGACGCUGAGUUCCUUGGUAUGCGUUCAGGUAAAUUGCGUUUACUAAAAGUAAACGGCGUAACGAUAGAGGUACCUCGUGAGAAGAUGUCCAAAGCAGAUCUCAGUUUCAUCGAUGGUGAUAAUAUCCAAGAGAGUGCAAGAGCCAGCGUGAGACGCACGAACAACACACCUAAGAGUAACUUUGAUUGGUUCGAUUUCUUCCUCCAUGCUGGUUGUGGUAUAGAUGAGUGUCAACGUUAUGCUAGGAAUUUUGAGAAGGAUAGAAUGGACGAGAGUGUUUUACUUGAUAUCGAUACGACCACUUUGCGCACUCUUGGACUUAAGGAGGGAGAUAUUCUACGUGUCAAUAAAGCCAUAGCUGCUCGAAAGGGUGCCUCAGGUCAUGAAGAUCCCUCAAAAGCAGAGCAAAUCGCCAGGGAUGAAGCCUAUGCUCGCCAGUUGGAACAAGAAGCAACACCAGCUCCUAACCUCUUUACUAGCGGUCCUGGUGGAACUUUGAAGAAUACACGAAGGGGUAGACCAACACCAAAAUCACCUACAAAUGACCUUAUAGACGGUGACAGUCUGAAUAAUGCUCGAGAGUCACUAGCAAAAUCACCAUCUAAUGAGGUAAACUUGCUAGAUACUAGUUCAUCUAUACCCGUCGACGCUAUGCCCAACAAGCGUUCUUCUUCGACUACACCACUUACUAGUGGAUUUGACGAUGAUGCUUGGACUGUUAAGGAUAACAAUCCAACGAAAAUACCGAGCUUGGGAGACACGCCUUCGCCUGUCCAGCAAUCAGCUGCAGCAGUCACACCUGUUGCGUCUGAAGUGACGACACCAACGCCAUCACAACAGCAACAACAGCCACAACAGCCUCAGCCAACCCAAAAUCCAAAUUCGAUGGACAGUAUUAUGUCCAAGAUUGCAGCCAAUAAGCAGGCUCAGAACGAGGCAGCGCAGAAGGCUCAGCAGGAGGCUCAAGCGAAGGAGUUGGCUCAGUUGCGUGAACAGCAGGAGAAGCUCCAACAGCAACUGCAAAUGCUACAGCAACAGCAAGCCCAACCCGUCCAACCAAUGCUAACGGGCUUGCAGCAGGGUAUAAAGAAGGGUCCAUUGGCCCCUGUACCUCAAAAUCAAAGUCUUUUGCAGCCAUUAAUACCCACACAGACUGGUCUCAAUUUUGUACCAACGAGCUCAUCCCCUGGUAUACAACCACAACAAACUGGAAUGCCUUUACAAGCUCAGCCUACAGGAUUUAUGGGUAUGAGUCCAUCGCCAAUUUCCCCACCAGCAUUCCAACAACAACAGCCAUUGCAACCUCAACAUACGUCGAUGCAAGGAUUCAGUCAGCAAAUGCAACCAAAGACAAUGGCACAGCAGUCAUUCAGUCCUCCAGUAUCAAGUCCAUCAAAUCAAUACAAUCCAAGCUCGGUAUUUGCUAAUAUGCGAGCUGGUCAAUUUGAUAGUCCAUCUGGUAAUACUACACCCCAACCAGCGGCUAGUGAGAGAUACGAUGCCUUGAGAGUACAGCAAACUGGUUUAAUGAUGCCACAACAAACAGGUUUAAUGCCACAACAGACUGGAUAUAGACCAUUUUAA